AUGUCUACAGCCAAGCACAGGAUGCGCGACAAGAAGAUGAAGAACCAGCCGAUCAACGUCACCUAUUCCUCCCAGGGCAGCUCACACUGGAGGAACGGAGGGACACCCCUACAGGUCGAGGCCGUGAUCCGUCUCCACAUCCAAGGGGCCAGGGGUCCUCUCACUCAGGCCACGCCCAGGAGGGAGCUGGGUCCGGGGCCACCAGAGAGAAGGACAGGGGGCUACUCGCAGGCUCUGCCCAAACACAUCACUGCCUCAGCGUUCGCCAAGGCCCGGGCAGCGGAGGUGAACGCCAUGUUGACGGCCGUCACCAAGACAACGGGCAGCUCCCAUGUGUUUGGAGCUCUUCCUAAACACAUGAGGAGGAGGGCCAUGAGCCAUAACACCAAGAGACUGCCCUGCAGGCUGAGAGACAUGGCCAACAACAUGUUGGAGAAGAGUCAGAAGGUGAAGAAGGAGCAGUCUAAGAGCAAGAGUCGUAAAGCUCGGCGUCGCCACGGCAACGUGCUUCUGGAGUUCAACCGUCGCCAGCGGAAGAACCUGUGGCUGGAGACGCACAUCUGGCACGCCAAGCGCUUCCACAUGGUCAAGAGAUGGGGCUACUGUCUGGGAGACGGGCCGACCUACAAGUGUUACAGAGCCUGUUACAGAGCCAUGAGCUCCCACUGUCUACUGCAGGACAUGUCGUACUACAGCUGUGUGGAGUUACAGGGCCCAGAGGACCAGCUGUUAGCUACCCUGUCUAAACUAACCAGUAAGGAAGCAGGGCCUACGUUUGCAGCAGCCAUGUGUGUGUCAGGCAGGAAACAGGGCAGCGUGGUGGUGUACAGAGCAGGACAGUACCCUCUCCAGCCCCUGGGGCCUGUCACGUUCCUCUGGAGACCCAGAGCACAGGGCCGGGGCCAGGAGGACCAAGGCUCCCAGGGAUCAACACACAGACAGCUGUGGAUCUGGGCUCAUCCCACCAUGAAAACGGACCUCCUCCCAGAGCUGCAGGCUGUCUGUCAGUGUUCUGAGGCUGUACUUCCACCUGGUCCGGUGGAGCACCCGGUCCCACAGCCAGCCCCUACCCCCACCUUGGGCCCUGGUCCUGGGGCUUGUCCUGAGGCGGUGCGGGCCUCGGGUUCUGGUUCUAAGAGGAAGUGGUCCUCCAGGGAGCCUGAGGCUGCAGGUCCACCAGCCAAGAAGCUCCUGGGAUACAGUACCAUGUCUUCUACCACACCCGUCACCUGGAGGUCCAGUACCACUGGCAUAGCCAUCAGGUUGGUUCUGACUGGUAUAGUCCAUCGGGUUGGUUCUGACUGGUAGAGUCCAUCGGGUUGGUUCUGACUGGUAGAGUCCAUCGGGUUGGUUCUGAUUGGUAUAGUCCAUCGGGUUGGUUCUGACUGGUAUAGUCCAUCGGGUUGGUUCUGACUG